AGAGAAAGAGUGAUUCAAAGACACACAAAAAAAGACGCAACCAUUGCUUUUUGUGACUCCACCACCACCAUCUGUGUGUGUUGUUGUCGCCGAGGAACAUUUGGGACAUUUGGGAGAUUUGACUGAGCGGCUCUAUUGUCCUCUGAAUCCACAGACUCAGGCUCCAGCAGCCUCCCUCUCCUCCAGUCAGGAGGCCCAGUGACGUACCUCCUCUCCACCAAGCCAACAUGGCUCCCACCCUGGCCACGGCCUUCUCCCGCCGCUGGUGGAUGGCGGUGACGGCAGUCAUCGAGAACUUACUCUUCUCCGCCGUGCUGCUGGGCUGGGGGUCCCUGCUCAUCAUGCUGAAGUCGGAGGGCUUCUACUCCUACCUGUGCGAAGGGCCGAAAAACAGCUCCAGCCUCAACCUCUCCAACACGUCCACCUCCGCGCUGCCCGAUUCUGAGGAGUACUUGGACAUGAACGGGUGGCCCAUCUGCAAAGACCAGGACGAGAUGCUGAACCUGGCCUUCACCGUGGGCUCCUUCCUGCUGUCUGCCAUCACCCUGCCAAUGGGCAUCGUCAUGGACAAAUACGGUCCACGGAAGCUACGACUUCUGGGCAGUGCCUGCUUCGCCUUCUCCUGCCUCCUCAUCGCCUACGGUGCCAAUGAUCCCAACAAUCUGUCCAUCCUCAUCUUCUUUGCUUUGGCGAUGAACGGGUUCGGAGGAAUGUGCAUGACCUUCACUUCUCUCACACUCCCCAACAUGUUCGGAGACCUCAGGUCAACCUUCAUCGCUCUGAUGAUCGGAUCCUACGCCUCCUCUGCUGUCACUUUCCCCGGCAUCAAGGUGAUCUACGAUCUGGGUGCCACCUUCACCAUCAUCCUGCUGGUUUGGGCCGCCUGCGCCUGCCUCGUCUUCUUCAACUGCUUCAUCAACUGGCCUCUGGAGCCCUUCCCCGGCCCAGAGGACAUGGACUACACGGUGAAGAUCAAGUUCAGCUGGCUGGGCUUCGACCACAAGAUCACGGGGAAGCAGUUCUACCGACAGGUGACCACGGUGGGGCGCCGCCUCAGCGUGGGUCACUCCAUGAAGCACAACCAGCCGGCCACAGACCUGGCAACGCAGGAGGCCAACAAGCUGUGCCUCUCCACCGUGGACCUGGAUGUUAAGUGCAAAGCCAAGGAGGAGACUCAGUCCUUCAUGAAGAGCAUCUUCAGCCCCAUCUUCAUGCUGAGCCUCAUCACCAUGUGCGUCACCCAGCUGCGCCUCAUCUUCUACAUGGGAGCCAUGAACACCAUCCUGGAUUCGCUGACGGAGGGAGACCUCAGCACAGUGGAGAAGAUGCAUGUGGUGAGCGUCUACACGUCCAUCUUCGGGAUGCUCCAGCUGUUGUGCCUCAUCACCUCUCCCGUGAUCGGCUACGUCAUGGACUGGAAGCUCAAAGACUGCGAGGACGACAAUGACAAGAACGGCAAGAGAGAGCCGGGUCAGCCCCGUCCUCCCGACAAACAGAUCCAGAAGAUCGUCAACGCCACCAGAGCCUUCAUCUUCACCAACCUGCUCCUGGUCGGCUUCGGAGUCAGCUGCCUCGUCGAGAACCUACCUCUUCAGAUUCUGUCCUUCAUCCUGCACACCAUCGUCAGAGGCUUCAUCCACUCUGCAGUCGGAGGCCUCUAUGCUGCUGUGUGAGUGUUGAUAACACGAUGAUGAUAAUAACUUUAUUCAUAUAUGAUUCUUUAAGUUCAGUCUGAGCUCCACUUCAGAACUAAAGGUGGUGGAUUUGGGUUAAAAUCAGGACUCUCUGCAGACCAGUCAAGUUCUGUUAAACUGUGAUCAUUUCUGUACGGACCUCACUUUGUGGACAUAUUUUAUGUAAUAAUAAUAUUAUAAGACAUUUUGGCCCGUCCCACAUGAGAUUUGAAGACACCAUUAUAUGUCACACAUCUUCCAGUCUUAUACAAAGCAUGUGGGGAAAUAAACAAAACUAUAUAUUUUUUAAACAUCAACAGAUUAUCUCAGUAAAGAGCUUUUUUUGUUCUGUUGUCCUAGAUUUUCUACA